AUCCCGUUGCACCACCGCCUCUCAUCAAUCGCUUGGCGCCGCUCUCUAAAGCCUAUCUAUACUCUUGCGUGAGUCCAUUGUCCCAUGAAUUUGCAGUCAUGGCGCCGUGAUGCUGUACGGACUGUGAUGACAACAAUGAUCCAGCAGCGACAGCUGACAAUCGCUAACGCAAUCCAGUACCCCCCCAAAGAGUUUCCCAUCAUUAUUUCCGAGCAAAUCACCUUCCUCGUUUCCAUUCGCAAUCUUCAGCCAUGUUCAAAGUUCACGACGACUUUGAGAAAGUCCAGGCUUCUCGGCCGGAUUUUAACCGGGAUAUCCCAGUCACUUUUUCGAAGCCUCCUAAACCGGACUGGAAGGAGGGAGAUGGUGGCAAUGAUGGCGGCGAGAGUCUGAAAAAGAGCCAUGUGCAGAUUGACCCUUACGAGGAAGGGCGCCCUGUGACAUCCAACUAUAAGCUUCUCAUCUCCGGGAUGGUUCCUAGACCGAUUGCCCUCAUUAGCACAAAGUCGAAAGAUGGAAAGACGGCAAACCUGGCUCCAUUCAGUUACUCCCAGGUUAUCAACCAUGACCCUCCGCUUUUCAUUGUGGGAUUUGUUGGGUCCCUGGACAAGGCGAAAGAUACGCUGAAGAACCUGGCGGAGACCGGGGAAUGUGUGAUCAACAUCAUCUCCGAGCACUUUGUUGAAGCAGCCAACGCGACCGCCAUCAACGCUCCUUACGGCGUAUCGGAAUGGGAGAUUUCCGGAUUACACCAAGAGCCCAGUGCCAUUGUUCAACCCGCUCGGGUCAAGGAAUCCAUCUUGUCUAUUGAAGGGAAGCUUGUCGAGACCAAGGAGUUCGAAAGCAGAUCAACCCCCGGGAAGAAGGCUAGCGUUCUCGCGAUCAUCGAAGGGGUUCGGUUCUGGGUUAGAGAUGAUGCCAUCAACGAGGAUAAGAGCAUUGUGGACCUGAAGGUUCUCAAGCCCAUCAGUCGAUUGGGAGGCAUCUCGUACGGGCGGACCACUGAUGCAAUUGAGAUUCCAAGACCGCAAUUCUAGACGGUGUACGGAGUAGCGAACUCAGGCAUCCAGGCGAUGAAUUACUCGGGAGGGAUGUCUGGGACAUGGCUGCGGAGAUGUGGUAGGGCAAUAGACAGAGUAUGUUGUUGAUUUGUAGAAUAAUAUAGAAAUAUAAAUGUCACGAAUAGAGAUGUCGCUUUUUAGAAUCAGGUCUGAAGGUAAAAACCUGAAGGCCAUUACUCAUUCAUAGUUGACUGUUCCAGCGGAUGAGGGACGGGGAGCCGAC